AUGGAAGAAGAGGCAGAUGAUGAUGAGCUUUGGAAUGGAGAAGCAAUGAGAACAAUGUAUUCUGAUGAUCUGAACAUGGAAGAGAUUUAUGCUUCUCGGCCUUUUGUUCCACACAGGGAUGGAAGUGAGAUCCUUAAACGUAAGGCAUGGUGA